AUAUCUCUAACCUCGCGGUACCCGAUUUGUUUAUUUCCCAUUUUUUAUAUUUAACUAUGAAUAUUUUAACAAAAGUCAAGUACAUUUUCAGGGUGAGCUCGGUCUUAAAUAAAGAUGUGAAGCAGCACGGAAAGCAAUUCAUGUUCGAUACGCGGGAAGAAACUUCUUGGAAUUCAGAUGAGGGAACCCCCCAAUUCAUAACCAUUAGCUUGGAGGAGCCACAGAAAAUCUCAGGAUUUAGUUUCCAGUUCCAAGGAGGAUUCUCUGGCCAAAGAUCGGAAAUAUUCCUGUACUCCGCUGACGGAGCCCCAGUUCACCAAGAACCGUUUUACCCAGAAGACAUCAACUCUCCUCAGCUCUUCCAGAUCGUGGAUGCAGCCCGGGACAAACCUUGCUCCAAGCUGAAAUUCGUCUUCGAGUCCAGUACGGAUCUGUUCGGUAGAAUCAUUGUUUACGAUCUCCAGCUGUUAGGCUAGGGUCUGACCUUUUGGAUCUGACUAAAUGUGUACAUUAGCUACUCUAAUCAAAGUGUAUAAA